AAUCGCUGGCGUUUCGAAUUUGCGGUUUGGAAGGGAGGGCAGGAAAUAUUUAAAGUCUGCGAUAAACGGACUGCUGCUAGUUGUAACAAUAACGUCAAGAAUCAUGUAUUACGUUCUAACAGGAAUUUUGCUCGGCUCAAUUGGAUUUUCGGUCGCAGAUAUUGCGUCCCAAUUUGAAGAAAGUAGAGUCGCACCAGAUGUUGUAAAUAAAGCCCCUAUUGAGGAGCUUGAGGUCAAAUAUGGUGAGAAGAAACUCAAAUUUGGAGAUGAAUUAACACCAACUCAAGUCAAAGACAUGCCAGAUAUUGAUUUCAAACAUGAGGACAGUGCACUGUACACUUUGAUCAUGAUUGAUCCAGAUGCGCCAACCAGGAAGGCCCCCAUAAUGCGAGAGUGGCAGCAUUGGAUUGUGAUAAACAUCCCCGGAGAUGAUGUUUCUAAAGGAGAAACUCUUGCGGACUACGUUGGAGCCGGUCCUCCACAAGGAAGUGGUCUUCACAGAUACGUAAUUUUGGUUUUCAAACAGCCAGGAAAAUUAACAGUUGACGAAAAGCACCGGAAAAUAACAGAUCAAACUCUUCGUGAAAGAUUUUCCACCAAGAAGUUCGCCGCCAAGUACAAUCUUGGCGAACCAGUUGCGGGAAAUUUAUUUUUGGCUCAAUGGGACGAUUAUGUGCCUACUCUUUACAGGAAACUCUCAGGCAAAGAUUAAUGAAAAAAAUGUUCGCUUUUAAUAAAUAAAAAGUCGCAUUAAUUAAGUAUUCUACAAAACUGUAAAUUUGAGAAUAGUGAUUUUAAGAACUUCAAAGUUUGGUGUGUUUUAAACUACACGUGUAUUAUCAUAGUUUUGAAAAUUUUGUAAUAAGUUUUUGUAAUAACUGAGAUUUAAUAAAAGAUG